UGAACACUUGUAUGUAAAUAGAAAAAAACUACCAUUCCAUUAAUGUGCAGGCUGUGUGUGAUUCAAAGCUUAGAUUCAUGAACAUUGUAGCAAAAUGGCCAGGCAGCACACACGACUCUUUCAUUCUAGAAAACAGUGCGUUGAAAGAUAUGUUUGAGAGGGGUGCAAUUCUUGAGGGGUGGCUCCUUGGGGACAUCGGCUAUCCCCUGCGGCCUUGGCUGCUCACUCAAGUGCUGAACCCAACAACCAGACCGGAGGAGAGAUACAACGCGUCUCACAUCAGGACAAGGAAUACCGUGGAACGCAGCUUCGGAGUCCUUAUAUCAAGAUUUAGGUGCCUCGACACAAUUGAAGGAUCUCUCUUUUAUUCACCCACGAAGGCAUGCAGAGUUAUGGUGGCUGUUGCAGUUCUGCGCAACAUGUGUAUAAACAAUGGAGUCCCCAUUCCGGCGGACUGUGUCGAUGCCCAUGACAGAGGGCGAAUUGGGCGCCCACAGUAUAUUGGUCCCAUCAACGACGGAGUGACAGUGAGAAACAGACUCAUCAACGGACGAUUUGCUUAA